GCGGAUGUCCUGAAGACUUCCUUAUUUUCGCCUCUCUUCUGCACGGACAGCCUCAUUUGGAGUGCGUUGCGGAAGUGCGAGUUGCCAGGCUGGGGAGGUCAGGCAGGUGUCGUUGGGACGUUUUGAGAGCUUGUAUUAGAUUCACCAAUGAGCCUUACAGACGUGAGCAAUGCGUUGUGCAUGAGAAACAACCCAUAGCCUCCUCAAGCGUGUCAUGGAGGGCUACCCUUCAAAGGCACAAGGGGACGCUUUUGAUCAGGGGAAUCCCUCUCAACACUUUGGUUCAGCAUCAACAGCCGUUCCUGCCACACAGCCCAUUAACGCUGCCGUGACCUUUAUAAGCCAGACACACUCCUCCUCUGGACAACUAGAGGAUAACGCAGGAGUAAUGGCCACCCCAGGGACAAGCCUCCAAGACGACUUCAGGGGCGAAGCAAGUGUGGUAGGGAGCACAGGACGUAAGAAGAAGAAGAAGCAGAAGAGUGGUGAGGAGGCUUCGGGAAAUUCUGCCAAACCUGACCUGAUGGAAGAGGAUGAGCUCGUUGAUGCUGCGAUUCCAAUGCUAGCUGAGAAUCAGGGUGUAGAGGAGCUGCUUUAUCCUGCCUCACUGCCUCCUGCAGGUGGGACGUUAGUUGGGGGUCAGUACCUGCUGAACAAUGCCCUUCUGGAUCAGAUCCUUGCUGAGAAGAAAAUGCAACUCAUGCAAAGUCCAGAAGUGAUGGAGUUCUUGAAGAAACAAAUAGGAAUAGCGAAGAAAUGAGAAAAAUCUGCCUUGUUAGAUACAGAUGACUUUGUGUGAGAAAUUUUAUUUUAUUUUAUUUUCACUGUAUAGCUUUGCUUUUCAUUUAUAACUGGAUAAUCUGUUGGUAAAUCUUUGCUUGGUGUCUGAUGGUAUUGGUUAUUUGGAAAUAAUCCAAAAGAUAGCCGGUACAUUUAAUGGGGCUAUCCUGGUUUUUCUACUGUUUGUCAGUCAUAUUUAUACAACUUGACUGGGAUACCUAUGGCCAGAAUUAAGAUUUUUUUCUAAUAUAUAUUAUUUUUUGUAGUUAAUUCCAUUUUCACUGCCCUUGACUUUGACUGCCUUUAAUAGUUCUUUUUAUAAGACAUAAAUUUACAAAGAGGUAUGUACAUAAAAGGUGUUUGUGCUUCUUUCAAACAAAAUAAUACUUAUUUUUACUUUAAAGCCAACAGUUUUGGAUCACCUUUUCAAUAUUUUAAUUACCUUGGUGAUAAACUCAUGGUAUAUAGAAGAAUUAUAAUACAAUUGAAAUCACUAAUACAGUUUUUGCAACCAAGUUUGGAAAUGCGAUCAUAUGAAAAAUUACACCUCUAUGGUUAGAAGUUUGUAUAACUCACUUUUGGCUUUUAAACACAUUUUCCAUUUUCUAUGGUUUUCAUGGUCAAAUAAUACAAUAAGGUCUAUUUUUUCUGAUUUUAUUGCAUGCAGGAUUACAAUAUGAACAUUGGAAGGCUCCUGGUCCCUUCCUUCUUAGUUGGGACGUCAUGAGGCAUCACCUCACUCAUUGCUGCCUGCUUAUCUAUGGACAUUAGCCGUGGGUGAGGGUACAGGCUUGUUGAUGUACAGGGAUUCUAGACUCUUUUUGCCAAGCAUAAUUUCUUCCUGUUACAUAACACUGGCUCCUUCCACUUUGCCUUAGUAUGCCUCACAAAGCAUAGGAUAGAAGGCAUAAUCCUAAGUCUGGUGUUCUGAAAAGUGGAAGAUGGUCCUUCAGAUUGCCUCCUGUAUGUAGAAACAUCUGUCUUGGCUGUCUCAUUGAGUUGUAUAGUAGCUUGUAAGCUUUGCACAACCUUGGAUACUUCUUUAGAUUGUCUUGCCUCUUUUAGUUGUGAUGUAACAAUAUGUUAAUAUUGAAUUUCUUCAGUUGAAUGUGACUUUGGAGAUCAGUUAAGCAACUGUGUAUUAUCCUUGGUAAGCCUUUGGUUUUAGGUUUCACUUUUUCCUUGUUAUGCCUGCGUGUCUCAGGAUUUCCAUAUCAUCUAGUAUGGACUCUGAUUUGUGUUUUUUAUUUUACUCUUGUGUUUAUUUUUUGCUCUUGCAAGUGAGACAGUAGUUGGCAUGGUAUUGCAAAUGAGGUGAAAAAAUUUAAUGUAGGAGAUGGGCAUGUGAAUGACUAAGAAGAUUAUUAUAACAGCAGAUUAUGACAGAUUAUUAUAGCCUAUAUACUGCUUUGUGAUUCUUCAGUGGCUAAACAUUGGAUUACUGUGUGCCUUCUCAGAGCACUGUUUUCAGAGGACACUGAUAAAUGUCCUGAUAGAUUUGCCAUUCUGUAUAGUAUUUCCUCAUGUUGGAAACUACCUGUCUUACAGUAUUGGCAUCUUCAUCAUUUGCAUUUUGUUAGUCUCUCCCUUCCUCUGAUUGCAAGAAGAUGGAGUGGUUUUCCCCGUGGCAUAGCUCCAGCUUACAAGUUGACAAAGAAUUUCUUCAGACUGUUUUUACAAUUAAUUUAGAAGGAAGUAACUAAUUAGUGGUUUUCUCUAAAAGCAAAUUCUAAUAUUCAUUUGUGUAAGCAGAGCCUUACCAUGAAAACAAUAACAAUAUACCUAAAAGAAAAAAAAAGAAAAAAAAAAAGUUUGUGUGGGUGGUACAACAAAAUAAAAGGCUAGCUGUUGCCAAAGUUUAAAUUUACCACAUUGCAAAACCCCUUUCCAGUUGUUUGCUCUUAGUGUGAAUGUUUGUCAUAUGCCAGUUAUAGAAGUUGUUGUCAUACAAUUUUUCUUGUGUAUGGUGGGUUUUUCUGCCAAAUUGUUGCAGUAUCAGAUUUUUUAAUGCACAAUUACUUGACAUUUUAUCCCUCUUUUUACUAUGCCCUUUCCAAAUUUUUUUUUUUUUUUCUGCACUAAACACCUAAUAUAAAUUAGAGAUAUUAAUAAUAUGAUUAUAUCAAGUGGGGAUAUUAACCUCAAAAUAUGAAUUAUAAUCGAGACAGUACAAAUCAGGAAAUACUAACUAAGCACAGAAUAUAUAUUACAUACAGAAUACCAAAUUCAGUACAGAAUGUAUUAAUAUGUUGUGGGAAACAACACAGCUUCAGGCAACCAAUACUUAACAUCUAAUCUCUGUGGAAUCAAGGUAAGAAAUGAUUAUUCCACACUCUGACUCGUGAUUUAAGAUAUUGGUGCCAUGUAAUCACACUGUCCAUUGUAGUUUUCUUUUGUGCAGUUUGUUAACACAUAGAUGGCUCCACAAACCCUGUCACUUAGUAGUCCAUGAGUAGGCCAGCCUGCCUUCACCUGAUUUCCCAUUUCGUUGAGUUUUGAGAUUUGAUUUUGUGUUCUAAUGUUAUUGAUACCAAUACUAUUAUCAUUGAUCUUAGCAGUACUAAGAUCAAUGAAAAAUAGAAAAGAAUCUUUUGGAAAAUCAAGAAAUAGGUAGGAAUAGGUGACUAAGCAGCUGUGGAGCAUCUAUGUGUAAACAAUUGAUAAACAAAAAACAUGAUGAACUUGGCAUGUAUUUUGGCCAUCCAAGCAUCAUUGAGUUUUGAGAUUACUUCAGGUUUUGCAGAUGAUAGACUACCUCAAGUAUUGGUGGUAUUGGUUGUAGCCAUUGUUAAUUUCCCCUUCCCUCAGUGAAUUGAGAUUUUAAAAGUAUUAGGGUUAAAAUCAGCCUCUCCCUCAUAGUGGAGUAAUUAUUGUCAAUUUUUAUAUCAGUCUUUUUGUAAUAUGUUUAUUAUUUGGUAAAUUUUGCUUUGAUAGAUAGUGAAUAAAAGUAUUACUCAUUGUAGGUUUUUUAUUUAUUUAUUUAUUUAUUUUUUUUGUUAUUGUUAUUGUUGUCAAUUUUGAUGGUGAGUGCAAUAAUGAUAAUGAAAAUAUUGGCUUUAUUAUUUUUAUUAUUAUUGUUUUGAUAAAGUCAUUUGAUUCUUAGUAUUCAUGUUAUGUAAUGUACAAUGACAAAAUUAAAAAUUAAAUUUAAGUAGGACCUUUGGUGUAACCAAUUUUUUUUCCAGAAUAUAUAACAUAUGCUGUGAAGUCUUUUGUAGAAAAAAAAUUGAAAGCUAUCAUAUUUUCUAAGGGAAUGAUGAAAGCAAAAAACAUGUUGCAAAUAAUUUGUAAGUAAUAUUUCAAUCCAUUAACUUUUUUAAUGCAACUGAAUGAAGUGGUACAGUGAAAAAGUAUUUGAUUUACAUAAUUUUGGGUAAUUGUAUAUACAUGAAAUUUAUUGCAAAUUUGUAGCUCUAACAUUUAUUAGAAUUCAUUUGUUUUCUACUAAUUCUGUUGUAUUUGUAUAUAAUAAGCAAUGUCUGUACUUAAUAUUUUGUAUAUUAUUUAUAUGUGCAUCAUAACAGGAAAUAAAUGUAAUUUUUUUU